AUGCCGGCCGGCCUCUCCUGGCCCGAGGCGGCGGCGCUGGUGCUGCUGGCCCCGGCUCUGCUGGUCGCCCUGUGCCGGCACCUGUGGGCGCUGCGCUGGAGCCUCAGCCGGGACCGCGCCAGCGCCCUGCCCCUGCCCAAGGGCUCCAUGGGCUGGCCCUUCUUCGGGGAGACUCUGCACUGGCUGCUCCAGGGCCACCGCUUCCACAGCUCUCGGAGGGAGAGGUACGGAAACGUCUUCAAGACCCACCUCCUGGGCCGGCCGGUGGUGCGGGUGACAGGCGCUGAGAAUAUCCGCAAGAUCCUGCUGGGUGAACACACGCUGGUCAGCUCUCAGUGGCCCCAAAGCACCCACAUCAUCCUGGGCUCCCAUACUCUGCUCAGCUCCUCUGGUGACCUGCACCGCCAGCGCCGCAAGAUCCUGGCCAGAGUCUUCAGCCGUGCCGCCCUGGAGAGCUACCUGCCGCGGAUCCAGAAGGUUGUGAGCUGGGAGCUGCGGGGCUGGUGCAUGGAGCCAGGCUCUAUCGCAGUUUAUUCCUCCGCUAAAACCUUAACUUUCCGCAUUGCAGCUCGGAUUCUGCUGGGGCUCCGCCUGGAGGAAAAGCAAUUCAAGGAUCUGGCCAAAACUUUUGAACAACUGGUGGAGAACCUCUUCUCCCUGCCCCUCAACAUACCCUUCAGUGGGCUGCGCAAGGGAAUCAAAGCACGGGACAUGCUACAUAAGUUUAUGGAGAAGGCUAUACAGGAAAAACUGCAGAGAAACAACCCAGAAGACCACAGUGAUGCUCUGGAUUUCAUAAUGAACAGUGCCAAGGAGCACGGCAAAGAAUUCACCAUGCAGGAGCUAAAGGAAUCAGCAAUUGAGCUCAUAUUUGCUGCUUUUUUCACCACGGCUAGCGCUAGCACCUCUCUGAUCCUCCUGCUAUUGAAGCACCCCUCAGUGAUUGAAAAAAUAAGGCAGGAGUUGAUGUCCCAUGAGUUGUACCAGCAGAGUGAGUGCUGCCCUGCAGGACCCUGCCUGGACACCCUGACCAUCCAGAGCCAGGACAGAGAGAAAUCACUUUCCCACUUCACAGCCAAAGGCAUUCACAAGGACCAGAGCCAGCCCCUGGCCCCGGUGGAGGAAGAUUCCCUCCAGUCGGGUGCCCUGCUGGAGUCCACUGUCCCCCGGAGCAGCCCCUGCACUGGCCCCCAGCUCCCGGCUCCAUCGGGGCAAAGCUGUCGCUGCAUCUCAGACAUCAGCCUGGAGAAGCUGAGCCGCCUGCGCUACCUGGACUGUGUGGUUAAGGAGGUGCUGCGGGUGCUGCCCCCAGUCUCCGGAGGCUACAGGACGGCGCUGCAGACCUUUGAGCUCGAUGGCUACCAGAUCCCCAAAGGCUGGAGCGUCAUGUACAGCAUCCGUGACACACAUGAGACAGCUGCUGUCUACCAGAGCCCCCCCAGCAGCUUUGACCCAGACCGCUUCGGCGCCGGCCGGCCGGAGGCUGCGGGCCGGUUCCACUACAUCCCCUUCGGCGGAGGGGCACGCAGCUGCAUCGGGAAGGAGCUGGCGCAGGCCAUCCUCAAGCUGCUGGCCAUUGAGCUGGUCAGCACGGCCCGCUGGGAGCUGGCCACCCCUGGCUACCCCACCAUGCAGACCGUGCCCAUCGUGCACCCUGUCAAUGACGGGCUGCAGCUCUACUUCCACCCGCUGCAGCCCAGCCAAGGCCACGAGGCCUGAGCCAGGGGCGCGCUGCUUCCCCAGCCCUGGAGCCGAUGCCCCUCCGCAGCUGCCGGGAGCAGGACUCUGCUGCCCCAGGCUGGGUGUGCUGCUGGGACACUGCCCAACAAAACCCUGAAGGUCUUUCUGUUUUUCCCCUCGUGGUGUACAGGCUGGUAGGGUGUGCAGGGUGCUGCAGUAGGGUGUUCUGCAGAGUCCCACUCCGGAGCACUGGGGCAAAACCUGCUGGAGCUGCUGGCAGGGUGCAUGUGCCGUGGGGAGUCAGUCAGCCCCUGCCCCAUACAGGCCCACAGCUACCAGGGAAGGGGAGCAAAAUUCCCAGACCCACAGCUAAGACUCCCAGAGUUAUCUCCUGUAGGUGUGUUUUAGGAGAGGCAGGACAAACAUCCUGCAUACUGUAGCUUUUUAGAUGAAAAAAGAGGGAAGUUGUGGGGCUCUGCAGGAAAACACAAGGCAGAGUUGCCCAAUCCAUGGCAUCAACUCUAGCUAGAAUAAUAGGGUGUAAAGUCGCUUUAAUUGUAAAUAUUUAACCUCAUUCAUGCACUUCCCUUUAGAGGUGGCACAAAGAGGAUAUCUCUCAUUCACCCUCUAGUAGUAGCUGUGUACGUUGUGCUUAAGCACUGUGCUGGUGCUUGGGGACUGCCAUGAAGCCCCCUCUGAGGUCCCCCCAGGAUACUCUCCCCAGCCACAGCCUUCCCAUGGGAUUGGACUGAAGCAGGGGAGGGGGCUUUGGAGAGCAAAUGUUUAGA